AUGAGCCAGCCCCCUGAAGGCAGCAACUGCUCGUUCAGCGACGUGGACGAGCUCACCAGGACCCUCCAGCUGGCCGUCCACAUCCCCACCUUCCUCCUGGGCCUGCUCCUCAACCUGCUGGCCAUCCGCGGCUUCAGCUCCUUCCUGCGGCGGCGGCGGGACUACGCCGCCACCUCCAUCUACAUGAUCAACCUGGCCGUCUUCGACCUGCUGCUGGUGCUGUCCCUCCCGUUCAAGAUGGCCCUGUCCCGCGGGCGGCCGCCCUCCCCGGCCGUCUGCACGCUCGUCGAGUGCCUCUACUUCGUCAGCAUGUACGGAAGCGUCUUCACCAUCUCCGUCAUCAGCCUGGACAGGUUCCUGGCCAUCCAGUACCCGCUGCUGGUCAGCCACCUGCGGUCCCCCCGCAAGACCUUGGGGAUCUGCUUCGCCAUCUGGCUCCUGGUGUGGACGGGGAGCGUGCCCAUCUACAGCUUCCACGGGCAGGUGGAGACCUACACGUGCUUCCACAACAUGUCGGACGGCACGUGGAGCGCGCGGGUCUUCUUCCCCCUCGAGGUGUUCGGCUUCCUGCUCCCCACGGCCGUCGUGAGCUUCUGCUCGUACGGGAGCAUGCGCACGCUCGCGGGCCGCCGGGGCCGCACGCAGGACUGGGCGCAGCAGCGGGCGUGCGUGCGCACCAUCGGCGCCAGCCUGGCCGUGUUCGUGGCGUCCUUCCUCCCCGUGCACCUGGCCUUCUUGCUGCAGUUCCUGGUGCGGAACGGCUUCAUCGCCGCCUGCGCGGCCCGGCGCGCCAUCAGCCUGUUCCUGCAGCUGGCGCUGUGCGUCUCCAACGUCAACUGCUGCCUCGACGUCUUCUGCUACUACUUCGUCGUCAAGGAGUUCCGCGCGGGCAUCAUGGCCCACCGGCCUUCCCGGGUGCGGCUGGUCCUGCAGGACACGGUGACCAGCAGGGGGUUAAGCCACAGUGGCCUCGCUGGCGUGAUGCCAUCUUGA